AUGGAUGGGUUUCUAACCCCCGCAACGAGCACUCACCACGAGGCAGCGGGCGCCACUCUGGCCAACUCACCGACCCGCUCACUGACAUUGGACGACGGCGAACCCACACUGGCAGACAUCAGUGCCGACAUCCGCGCCCUAGCUGCUAAUAUGGUGACUAAAGAUGACCUCCACAGCCUCUCUGACACCCUGCAUGCAGCAAUCUGCACAGAGACGACCGUGCUCAGAGCGGACAUAUCAGCGCAAGACAACAGGCUGCAGCUCCUGGAAACUGCCACAUAG